UGUGACUGUUUCCCAUCAGCCGGGAUCAUUCCAGCUCAACUUCAGCGUCUCAUGCAGACUUCAAUCAGGGCUUGCGGUGGACGUCCAGCUAUACAAGGUUUGGUGUAAACAUGUCUUUUUUGCCAUGUUAAUAUCUCACCCAUUAACUGUGGAGGGAACAGACCUGCUGUGCUGGACAAACACAGACUGAGACUCCUCAGAGUUCUGCUCUGAUCUCCUGGAUCGGUCAUGGGGAAAGUCUACUAUGUCAGUAAAAAUGUGGGCCUCGGGAUGCUUGUACUGGCAGCGAGUGCUCUGGCUACGAUCAUAGCUCUGUCGAUUGCCUACGACAAGGAGAAAUCCAAGAAUCGAGGCAAGCCUGGAGAUGGAGCAAUGGACAGCACCAGCAUGCCUACACCCCCAAUAACCCCCUUCAUCCCGAAAGAGCCCUGGGACCACUACAGACUUCCAGUCUCCCUUGUUCCUGUCUCCUACAGCGUGACCCUGUGGCCCCGGCUGGAGCCCAAUGCAGAAGGCCUGUUCAUCUUCACUGGACGUUCAGUGGUGGUCUUCAGAUGUGUGGAGGAAACAGACCUCAUCAUCAUCCACUCCAACAAGCUGAACCUCACCACUUUCAAUGGGCACCAUGCUAAGCUGACCGGCCUGGGUGGAGCCACUGCGCCCACUAUACAAAAGUCUUGGCUUGUUGUGAGGACGGAGUAUCUGGUUCUUCAGCUACACAGCAGACUUGCUGUUGGAGCAUCAUAUAGACUUCACACUGAAUUUAUGGGGGAGCUGGCUGAUGACCUGGAAGGCUUCUACAGGAGUGAAUAUGUUGAGGAUGGCGUGAAGAAAGUUGUUGCUACCUCGCAGAUGCAAGCAACGUAUGCCAGGAAAACCUUCCCUUGUUUUGACGAGCCAGCCAUGAAAGCCGUCUUCAAUGUCACCAUCAUCCAUGACAGAGCCACUGUGGCCCUGUCUAACGGCAGGGAAAUCGACACAGCAGACUCUGUCGUCGAUGGCUUGCCUGUCAGAGUGACUACUUUUGAGCCCACAGAGAGAAUGUCCACGUAUCUGCUGGCAUUUAUUGUCAGCGACUUUGUUAGCAUUCAGUCAACCCAAAACAGCAAUUUGUUGGUCCGAAUCUGGGCUCGAAGAAAAGCCAUAGCUGACAGGCAGGGUGACUAUGCUCUGAAUGUUACAGGGCCGAUCCUUCACUUCUAUGAACACUACUACAAUGCAACAUAUCCACUCUCCAAGUCAGAUCAGAUAGCUCUGCCUGACUUCCAUGCAGGGGCGAUGGAGAACUGGGGUCUGAUCACAUACAGGGAGACGGCCCUGCUCUAUGACCCCGUGUUAUCCUCCACGGGGAACAAAGAAAGAGUUGCAACUGUAAUCUCCCAUGAACUUGCACACAUGUGGUUUGGCAACCUGGUGACUCUGCAAUGGUGGAAUGACCUGUGGUUGAACGAGGGGUUUGCGUCUUACGUGGAGUACCUCGGAGUUGACUACGCUGAGCCCACCUGGAACAUUAAAGACCAGAUCAUACUGUACGAGGUGCACAAGGUGUUUGCUGUGGAUGCCCUGGCGUCCUCCCACCCGCUGUCGCGCCGAGAAGAGGAGGUCAGCGACCCUGCUCAGAUCAGCGAGAUGUUCAACACCAUCUCCUACAGCAAGGGAGCAGCUGUGCUCAGGAUGCUGUCAGAGUUCCUCACUGAGCCUGUGUUUGCCAAAGGACUCAGUUCUUACCUGAACACAUUCGCCUUUGGCAACACAGUGUAUACAGACUUGUGGGACCACCUCCAACAGGCAGUUGAAAACACACCAGGUAUACAUAUUCCUCACACCGUCCACGACAUCAUGAACCACUGGACUCUUCAGAUGGGCUUCCCAGUGGUCACUAUUGACACCCGGACAGGAAGUGUCACCCAGAAACACUUCCUGUUGGAUCCAGACUCUGUAGUGGACAGGCCCUCUCAGUUCAAUUACACGUGGUUUGUCCCUAUUAAAUGGAUAAAGACAGGCAGGGAGCAGCAACAGUACUGGCUCCUACAAAAGACAGACAGCCACAGUCUGAUGAGAGUGUCAGGACAGGACUGGGUGCUGGCGAACACCAAUGUAUCUGGGUACUUCAGGGUGAACUAUGAUCUUGACAACUGGGAUCGUCUCCUCUCCCUGCUGGACACCAACCAUCAGACUUUGUCAGUCAUCAACAGAGCGCAGAUCAUAGAUGAUGCAUUCAACCUAGCAAGAGCCAAAAUAAUCAAUACAACAUUGGCCCUGAGAACUACUAAAUACCUGUCCAAGGAAAGAGACUACAUCCCCUGGGAGUCAGCUCUGAGAAACCUCGACUACUACAUCAUCAUGUUUGACCGCACUGAGGUCUAUGGAGCUUUACAGGCAUACCUCAAGAAACAAAUCAAACCACUUUUUGAGCACUUCAAGACGAUUACAGAAAACUGGACCAAAGUGCCUGCAGGACAUACAGACCAGUAUAAUCAGAUCAAUGCUAUUGGAAUAGCCUGCAGUAUGGGUGUGGCGGGUUGCAGGGAGCUGAUCCAAAGCUGGUACGGACAGUGGAUGGAAAAUCCACAUCACAACCCGAUCCAUCCGAACCUGAAAAGCACAGUUUACUGCACUGCUAUAGCCUCUGGCGGUGUGGAGGAGUGGGACUUCGCCUGGAGAAUGUUCAAGAACGCCACUCUUGCAUCUGAAGCAUCCAGGCUCAGGUCGGCCAUGGCGUGCGCCAAAGCACCCUGGCUUUUGAACAGGUAUCUGGAGUACACGCUGGACCCAACUAAGAUCCGCAAGCAAGACGCCACCUCCACCAUCCAGUACAUCGCCCGAAACGUUGUGGGGAUGCCGCUGGCCUGGAACUUCGUCAGAGAGAGAUGGGGCUACAUUUUCCAGCAGUAUGGAAAAGGGUCAUUUUCCUUCUCAAAUCUCGUCAGUGGAAUCACAAAGAGAUUCUCUUCAGAGUUUGAGUUGCAGGAGCUGAGGAAAUUCAAAGAGGACAACCUCCAUGUUGGUUUUGGCUCAGCCACCUUGGCCCUGGAGCAGGCCAUAGAGAAGACCACAGCCAACAUCAAGUGGGUGAAGGAGAACAAAGACCACACGCUGAAGUGGUUUACUGAGGUGUCCACAUGAGAACGCUUUGCCAAAGUGACACACCCUUUUUUUGUACUGUCAGGGAUUUGUAAUGAAUGACAAUCACUAUAAUCAUCUGGAACAACGAAUGACUAAACUCUUUAAUUGGUAACAGUUGCGCAAAGCGAACAGGUGUGACACAAUACAUGACUGGACAUCAACUUCAAGGAUCAGACGUAGGAGGAACAGUGGACCUCAUGUCACUAUAUAUCAGUACAUACUCGAGUGGAACUCUCACCUCUACUUCAUGAUCAUCAUAGAACAAAAAAGAUUGUUUUCACUCUCACUAAUGCAUUCAUCUGUAGUGUGCCUUUUUCUUUUCAUCACCUCACAUUAUACAAUAUGUUGCUGCUUACUGUGACAAAUAGAAACAUGCGGCAUUUAACCACCAGAGCAGCUUCAGCGUUCACUGACAUCCAUUCUACAAGUGAUCAUGAUGGAAUGUGAACUUCAUUCGGCAUUUCAAGUUAACCGCACACACACGUGUGUGCGUCCCUGCAAAUGUGCGACGACUGCUUUGCUAGGCAGAUUUUUUUUACCAACUCUGCUUAAGCUUCCCGCAGCCUCUUCCAUGUUAAAACAUUCUCAGCACUGGAUAUCUUUGAGAAUCAAUUUGCUCUUCGGUGGUAGAACAGAAAUGUAUUGUAAAAAGGGAUCUUACUGAAUAAA